GCGGAAACUUUCAGUGAAGCGGACCAGUUGCUUACAGGCUUCCCCAAAGCCUCCGUGUUAGUGCCAUGUUACGUGAUUAUUUUUCCGGAGCACUUUCAUAAACAAACUUUGACGGAGAUACAAAUAAAAGCAGUGUUUGACCCCAAGUGUUUGUUUGCGUCUUAACAUUCCAGUAAGUUAUAGAAUAUUGGAAAUGCAAUUGCUAUAACGGUGAAAUUGAAGUAACAAUUAGAAUGAUGAACUAUCCGUGGAUUGUCAAACUAUUGCUGUUAUUUUACAUUGCACAAGAAUGUCGAGCGAACUUGCCGCCGGUGUUCUCGAUGGACAUGCACAACCUCGCGAUAUCGGAAAAAACACCUGUUGGAAGUGUGAUAUAUCGAUUGGAGGGAAGCGACCCGGAAAAUAGUCCGGUGCAUUUCGAUCUUAAAGGAACAGACGUGCUGAAAGUCGAUCCGGACUCCGGGGAAGUGACCGUCGUCAAACCCUUGGAUUACGAGGCAAACAAUACCUUAUACGUAAUUAUAAGUAUAGAAGACGAAGUAGAGGGUAACGCAAAAAAUAACAUCGUAGAAGAGCCGAUAGCAGUUAUCAUCCUUGAUGAAAACGAUAAUGCACCAGAGUUCCAAAAGGCUCCCUACGAAAUUGUUAUCAAUGAGGACACCGCUGCGGGCUCCACCGUGUUUUCCGAUAUCAGCGUUGUCGAUAAAGACUCAUCCGGCGAAAAUAUCGAGGUGGAUUGCAUAAAUUUGGCAGAGUACGAGGAUGCAUGCGAGAUAUUCGGCAUUGGAACCGUCAGCUCGGCGCAGAAUUCCUAUCGGGGCUCCAUUGUCCUCAAUCGAAAGCUGAGCUACGCCAAACAACACACAUAUCAGUUCCUGCUCAAGGCGAAUGAUGGAGAAUUGAGCAGUACAACAAACGUCACGGUGUCCGUGGGGGAUGUGCAAGACACUCCCCCGCAAUUUAUUGGCAAUUUAACCGCGGAAAUUUCCGAGGACGCCCCAAUUAACACUCUGGUAAUGAAGGUUCACGCAGAAGACGGCGACAGAGGCGCCCCGAGGAAAAUAGUUUACGAACUAGUCAACAAUCCCAUGAGUUAUUUUCUACUCGAUGCCGUUACUGGGGAGUUAAGGACUGCGAGGCCGCUGGACAAAGAGGCCAUCGACAAUCCAGAAGGAGUUUUAACUUUAAGCAUAAAGGCCCGUGAGUUGGUGGAGGGUGCUAAAAGCAACGACCCCUUGACUGUGACAGAUGCCUUGGCCACGGUGAUCGUUAGAGAUGUAAACGACGAGCGUCCGAUGUUCAAUAAGCGCGAGUAUUUCGUGGAAAUUCCGGAGAACAUACCGGAAGGAUCGCCGCUGCCAGAUCUGGACAUGACCGUGAUGGACCCUGACGAGGGCAACAACUCUGCCUUUGCCUUGGAAUUGAACGACGUUUCGGGUGCGUUUUCCAUCGACCCUAGGAACGCGACAGGAUCCACUCCAGUCACAAUCAGCGUCAUCAACAACAACCUUGAUUACGAAGACCCGAACCGACGUAAAUUCAUCAUUUUGGCCGUUGCGAGGGAACUGUACACGAAGGAACAGCUCUCUUCCACUGCAACCAUAACAGUUUCCGUUCUGGACAUAAACGAUAACGCCCCCAGUUUUGAUCAGGAGGGCUAUUCGGCCGCUUUAUCGGAGAUGGCCUCUCCUGGCACACCUGUCAUCACCAUUGUAGCCAGAGAUCGCGAUAGCGGCCGGUUCGGAGAGAAUGGCAUCGUGUAUAAGUUGAGUGGAAACGGAGCAGAUAAAUUUACGGUCAACAACCGGACCGGUACAGUUUCGGUGAAUUUUUGCGAAAACCCCGGGUCAGAAAGUUGCCUGGACUACGAAACCAAGCCCGAGUAUCAACUACAGUUCAUUGCUACUGAUGAUGAUGGUAAAGGGCAGACGACAAUAAUUCCUCUUAAAAUUACGCUCACCGACAAUAACGACAACGCGCCGAUAUUCAGCCAACCGAUUUACAGGGUAUUCAUCAACGAAGGGGCGGUUAAAUUCGACCCGGAUUUGAUUGUAGAGGCGCGGGACGCAGACAAAACGUCCCAUAUUACUUAUUCGAUUGUGGCCGGUAACGACGAAAAUUUAUUCAGCAUAGAUCAGAAGAUCGGCAAAAUUAGAAUCGCCGAUAACAAGGGAUUGGAUGUCAGCAACGAUACCGACAACGUCAUUGUGCUGACUGUGCUGGCGAGCGAUGGUAAAUACACUUCCACAACAAUGGUAAACAUAACGAUUCGUGAUAUAAAUAAUAACGCGCCGAUUUUCGAAAAAGAAAAUUACGUUGAAUCGAUCAAAGAAGAUCUUCCUGAAGGUACAACUAUACUCCAAGUACACGCUACAGAUGCUGAUACAGGAGUGAAUUCGGAAAUAGAAUACUCGAUCGUCAAAGGUUCCUACGACGAUUUCUCUAUUGACAACGCAACGGGUGCCUUGGCCACAGCAAGAAAACUCGACUUCGACAAGAGAAACACGUACAACUUGGAAAUCGCAGCUAUCGAUAAGGGCGAGCCUCCACUUACUGGUGUUACAACCUUGACAGUUAACGUUGUAAAUACCAACAAUAAAAUCCCCUACUUCAUCCCCACCACCCAGAAAGGGGAAGUCAUGGAGGAUGCGCCCAUUGGAACUGUAAUCCACACUUUAAUAGCGUUGGAUCCCGAUGUGAACACAUCAGAGGCUCUGAAUUUUGCCGCAACUGAACCCAUAACCGCGCUGGAUAAGCAUGGGGAUGAAGUUGUUGAGCACGAGGUGUUUAAAGAGUUUUUCGCUGUGGAUAAAAACACCGGGAGGGUUACGGUUAUCAAUACCUUGCUAAGAGAUGUAGCUGCUGUGGUGAGGAUAACCGUUUUGGUGACGGAUAUCACCGCUCCCGAUGUGCAGCAAGGUGAGGGUUUACUGGUGAUUUCUAUUGGAGACGUUAACGAUUCUCCCCCCGUGUUUUCCCCUCCGUGGAGUUUUGAGAACCCUGUCUACAACCUCGAGCUUAAAGAAGAACAACCUGUCGGCACUAUAGUGGCAACUUACGUAGCUAAAGACGAAGAUUCGCAUAUUGCAGGGUAUAUGAUUCAACCUGAAAGCGAGUAUUUCCAGAUCAACAACGGAACAGGCAUAGUGCAAAUUAAGAAGGAAAUCGAUUAUGAGGCGACGCAAGAGCUGAACUUCAGCAUCAUAGCUUUUGAUUCUGGAGUUCCCCAGCUAAACGCCACAGCGCUGGUGAAAGUGAAAGUCAUAAAUCUCAACGACAACGACCCGAUAUUCCCCACCACACAAUACAACGCCAGCAUAGACGAGAACUCGCCAAACGGCACGUUUAUUACACUGGUUAAAGCCGUAGAUAAGGACGCCGGCGAUUACGGAAAAAUAACGUACAGUCUAACCGGGGAACACAGCGAAAAUUUCCACAUUAACUCCGUGACAGGGGAAGUAACCGUCGCCAACGAAAACUUUUUGGACCACGAGGUGAUAAACAAGACUGUUGUUCAAGUGAUCGCCGCAGACGGCGCUUCGGGUAAUUUAAAGAGAUUGGCUACCGUUCCGUUGUACGUAAAAAUUAAGGAUGUCAACGAUAAUUCGCCAAAGUUCUUGCAACACGAAUAUAACGUCACUGUCAUUGAAAAUGUUAGAUUGAAUCCUCCCAUGCCUGUUAUUCAGCUCAACGCUACAGAUGAUGAUGCUGGAAUCAAUGGCAACAUUCGUUUUAGUAUUAUUCAAGGAAAUGAUAAUGAUAUAUUUUUAAUGGGUGUCGAGACCGGUAUUUUAUAUCCACACAAAUCUUUAUUAGGACAGACGAAAAAGUUCAAACUGGUCGUUGAAGCUAGAGAUGGGGGCGGUAAUGGACAUAACACCGACAAAGCUAUAGUUUACGUGCAAGUCAUCAAUGUUAAUGAUCACAAACCCACCUUUAUUAUGCCAGCCUUACCCAAUGCAACAAUAGAGGUCACUGAGAGUACAGCACUUGAAGGGUAUUUGGUGAUGACAGUCAAAGCCACCGACAAAGACGAUGGCGAAAACGGCAGGAUAACCUACCACCUUAAAGUUGAGGAUGAAAAUGUCCAAGAAACAAAAGAAUUCUCUGUAAACGCUAACACUGGAGAACUUAAAACCAAAGUAACCUUGGAUAGAGAAACGCAACCCAAAUUUGAAUUAACUUUAGUUGCGAGAGAUCACGGCUCGCCCAAAUGGUUCGAAUCCCUCAGACACCUGACGAUUUUGCUGGUGGACGCUAACGACAACCGACCUGAGUUUCCAGACACGCAGACUACGAACCCUUACCACUUUUUCGUGACGGAAAACAGCCCGAAAGAUAUCCGAAUAGGUCAGGUUAAAGCCUUAGAUCGCGACGAGGGAACGCACGCUAAAGUUUACUAUUACAUACUGGGCGGUAAUGAAGAUGGUGCCUUCAGAUUGGAUAAAUCCGAGGGAAGCUUGUACACGAGUAAAUCGUUUGAUAGGGAGGAAAAGGAUGAAUACUUUUUGCUUAUCUUGGCGAAUAACGACCCAGACUUCUACUUAACCGACGCAGAUAAGAGCAAGAUAAGUGAAGAGGAGGUUAUGCACGAUAGUAGUAUUGCUAAGGUUUCUGUAACAAUCAGGGAUGUUAACGAUAAUCCACCACGGUUCAAACAAAACGUCUACAACACCGCUGUUAAUGCUAUGGCUAACAUAAACGAGUUCGUUGUGAAUGUCACUGCUGUGGAUCCAGACAACGGUAACAACGGGUCUUUGACGUACUACGUCAAGGCUUCAAAUCUGUACAAGUAUGGUUCCAACGCUAGUUCCGGUUCGAUCAUUCCUUCACCGUUCAACAUAUCUCAAAGUGGUCAAAUUUUCACUGCCAACUACUUAGCGGAGAACAACCAACACCGAUUCAUCGUGGAUGUUAUUGCUAAGGAAAACGCAUAUCCGGAAAGGGAAUCGUUAGCUCAGGUAUACGUGUGGAUUUUCGAGCCGGAACAACUCAUAAGAAUUAUUCUAUCAAGACCUCCAGAAGAAGUAAACAGUGAAAGGCAUGAAAUUAUUGCCGAAUUGGGGAACGCCACUCAAAGCUUGAUUAUAAUCGACGAGAUCAGGUAUCAUGUCAACGAUAUUGGAUCUAAGAAUGAGGAAUGGACCGACUUGUACAUUCUCGCGGUGGACCCGAAAUCCCGCACCAUUUUACCUGUACCUGAGGUCCUUAAAACGAUAGAUUCCAAAUACGAUUUCCUCAAGGAUUAUUACGCUGGAUUCGCUAUUGAGAAUGUUGUGCCCGCGUUUGCUACGGAAAAAGAGGAAACUUUUGAUCCUGCACUGGUAGCGCUUAUAGCCUUACUAAUAGUGCUAUUCGUUGGAAUAAUUUUUUUCGUUAUUGUGUGUUGCUGUUUGAGGCACUGGGUCAUAUCGCCCACAGACCUCAAGAAGAAGGAUGCUUUGAUUAAAAAAGCUAUCAUUGAUGAUCUCAACACUACAGAGAAUCCACUAUGGAUUGAACAAAAACUGAAAAUCUACGAAGAACAAGAACUGACAAUGCAAGUUUUUAACGAACCUGAACAUGGUGCCAUAAACAGACGCGGUAGUGAUGAUUUUGUGCCAGAUGACAAUACAUACGCAACCAUACAACACCCGAACAGAAGAGGUUCGUCCCAUAUGGCAGCAUUGUCCAUGGGUGAUGACCUCGCUGAUUACGCGACACUGUCGGGGGUUCCCCAUCAUUCUGAUAGUGCUCAUAGUUCACUUAGAGGUGCCCCCAACUUUUACGAGGCCGCUAUGGGUUUCCAAGGGUCGACAUUUCAAGUGCCAGAGAAGUUAAAUGCGAGCUCCAAUGACUACGACACGUUUGGGGCGCAUUUCAAAGGAUCCGAACUGACGAUUAACCACGACGGGCAACCUGAGUACGUGGCCGAACUGAUUUAAGAGACUCUUUCGUAAUAGUUUGUAUUGCGAUUGUAUUGUUUUGACAAUAAUGGUUUGAAGGAGAGGGCUGUUGAAAAUACGUGUAGUUUAGCCCCUUUAAUAUAAACGUCAAAACCAUAAAUGUGAUGUUACCAGCCUGUAUUGCAUGUGAGUAAAAUAGUUAGAGAUUACAAAUCGAUUGUAAACAGCUCUUUCAAUUAAACCAUAGAAAAAAGGGAACGUAAUUCUAGUAAAAGUGAUAUAAACUUAAAUGAUCUAGGUUAAUUAUUUUUUUAUUUUAUUUAUUAAUUUAGGUUUAAGUAUUUUAAACACCUCUAAUUUAGAUAGUAUAAAAUUGCCAUAUCAAGAAUAAUUUAAUUUCAUCCUUUAUUUAAUUAAUAAAUAAACUCUGUUAAUAUCACUAUGAUAGUUUUAGAAACUUUUUUUUCCUAACAUUGAGUACUCCAGCUUAGUUUAACUAAUUUUGGGCCGCUGAUUUCAAAAAUGUCAUUUUUUUUCUCUAGGACGUCUAGGAUUUAAAAUAAUUUCGUAAUAAAAUGCUCUGCUCAAUCACCUCAAAAUGUAAGAUUUUUUGUUAGUAUUUUAAUUAUUUAUUAAAUUAUUUUGGAUUAAAUUUAUCUUGAAUGUCUUAACAAUAUGACAUUUUUGAAUUGAAAGGGAAACAAAGUAAACAAGUUUCGGUAUUUUUUAUCCAAAUUAGGCCCACGAAAAUUAAUGCUUUGCAUAAUUUUGCUUUUUUCUACCUUAAAUUUAUUAAAUCGUAUCAAAUAUCGAAUUGAAUUAUAGUAUUAUUGUGCUUAAUCCUCAUCAUCGUCGUACAUCUUUGGCUGCAAAUUCCUGCAAAUGUCUCCUAGCAAUGAAUCCAACUUCUUUCCGCCAUACCCAUAGAUAUCUACCAAUGCUCUAGAUUUGCAGUUACUUGGUGAAAUCGUUCUCCAUGUUCAUCAGUUCGGCAAAUUUAUCAGGAUAAAAAAAAAGAAAAUGUAUUUUAAAUGACAUAUUAACGCUAAUUCUUUACAAAACGGAGAUCAUUUUUUCAAUGAAUUGGCGCCAAUUUUAGGCCCGAUAUGAACCAAGAACAUUUUUAAUGACAGCUUUAACACUGCCAUAUGCAACAAGCUCGUCAACUUUGAGAGCAUUUUUGAAUGCUUCAUCUUUCAUUAAACGUCGUAUAUCAGGUCCAUUUAAUAUUCCUGCAAAAUUAAAGAAGUAGGUAUAUAUCAUAAAAUUUUGUAAUGGAAUAUUGCGUUGGUUUUUCUUGGGCGUAAAGGUACCGCAACAAAAACAAAACAAAUUUACAACGACGACAUAAAUGUUCGUCUCGUUUCUCUUUCUCUGCCACUUCCAUUACCACUUCCCUUUCCUGCUCUUUUUUCAUUUUUGGUUCUUAAAAUCACUUUCAAGUAAAAAUACAAUUUAAAGUUUAAAUUUUAAAUGUCAAAAAUUAAUAGAUGCACUUUAAUGUGCUUGAACGAUAAAGUAGAUAAAGGCGCCUUUAUACUUCAAUUCGAUAUAAAAUGUUGAUACGACUUAAUUAAGUUAUUAAUAAACAAGAGCACAAUGAAAAAAAAAUCUAUUUGACAUUUACCUACCGAUGACUUUGUAAGGAGUCCCUGUAUAUUUUUGACAAAAAACGUCAAAAAUAUACUGAACAUCCAAAAUAGAUUUAGGGCAAAAUAAUUUAAUAAAUAAUCAAAAUAUUAACAAAAAACUUACAUUUUGAGAUAAUUGGGCAGAGCAUUUUAUUACGCAAUUAUUUCGAAUCCUAUAGACGUCCUGGAGCAAAACGAGUGGCAUUUUUGAAAUCAGCCCAAAAUUAGGUAAUAUAGGUGGGCGUACUCAAUGUUAGUAAUUCGAACUAUCGUAGUGUAUUUAUUCUUCAAAUUUACAAAUUGAAUGAUUGUAUACAUUUGUACAUACAAAUAAAAUAUCUUUACUUAAAAUGUGUUUUAUUAAUAUCUUAUUGUUAAAAACAAAUCCCAGGAUGGAUGAACUUAAAAAUCUAACCAGUCGAACAAAAAAACUGGUUUAAAUAUAAAACUACCAAGUUCAGAGUAAUUUAAAAGUAAUAUUUUAACACUAAAAUAAAUUUAUAAAUAAGUAAUUAGUUUGAGUUGUUUUCAACUCCGUUGGUGGGUUUUACUGCAUUUGUGUUUUUGUUCACUGAGUUUCUGUGUUGGGCAGCUUUAAGCUGGACCUUAAUUUGUGGGACGGAAAGACCAGCCUUCAAUUGUUCCGCUUUUUCUGUGGAUUC